ACGAACUGCCAUUUGAGUUUGUGUUGAAGAGUUCCAGUGAAAUGUUAAACAUAUAAAAACAAAUACCUAUGGUGUUUUGCUAACACAUCUAUCUAUUUUAUUAACAGUUGUGCAGUAGAUUUGGAAGAAUGGCCGAUAUAAGGAGUAUGUUUUCCAAGAUGAGUGCGACUACCGCAAAUGGUAAUGAAGGCAGUGGUGAGAAUGAGACAGAUGUUCCUCCUCCCAAGCAAAACAAAAAACAAACUAUCGAAAAGACUUACCAGAAAAAAUCUCAAUUGGAACACAUUUUGCUCCGUCCUGACAGUUACAUUGGAUCAGUUGAAAAAGUUACAGAAUUAAUGUGGGUAUAUGACAGUGAUAAGGAGAUUAUGUUACAGAAACAAAUAGAGUAUGUACCGGGAUUAUAUAAAAUAUUUGAUGAAAUUUUAGUAAAUGCGGCCGAUAACAAACAGAGGGACAAGAGGAUGGAUUGUAUAAAAAUAGAAAUAAACGCUGAUGAUAAUUUAAUUUCGGUUUGGAACAACGGUCAGGGGAUUCCGGUAGUGAUGCACAAAGAUGAGAACAUGUAUGUACCUACUAUGAUUUUCGGCCAUCUUUUGACUUCUUCGAAUUAUAACGAUGAAGAAGAGAAAGUUACUGGAGGCAGGAACGGGUAUGGAGCAAAGCUGUGUAACAUUUUUAGUACAAAAUUCACAGUAGAAACUGCCACAAAAGAGUACAAAAGACAGUUUAAGCAAACUUGGGGUAGCAAUAUGACCAAGGCGUCCGAACCAAGAGUGAAAGAUUUUACAGGAGAUGACUUUACUAAAAUCACGUUCUCACCGGAUUUGUCAAAAUUUAAAAUGGAUAAGUUAGACGCUGGAAUAGUGGAACUCAUGUCCAGAAGAGCAUACGAUAUCGCGGCCUCUUCUCGAGGCGUUAAGGUAUUUUUGAAUGGCAAAAGAUUACCAGUGAAAAGUUUUAAAGAUUAUAUAGAUUUGUACAUAAAAGGGAAAGAGGAUGAGUCAGGAAAUAACUUGAAAAUAAUUUACGAACAGGCUAAUGAAAGGUGGGAAGUGGCGAUGACUAUUUCCGAUAAGGGUUUCCAGCAGGUGUCCUUUGUGAACAGCAUUGCCACGACAAAGGGUGGCCGCCACGUCGAUUACAUAGUGGACAUGAUUGUAAAACAAAUUGUUGAAAUUAUAAAGAAGAAAAAUAAGGGUGGUGUGAAUAUAAAACCUUUUCAAGUGAAGAACCACAUGUGGAUAUUUAUAAAUUGUCUGAUCGUCAAUCCCACUUUCGACUCGCAAACUAAGGAAAACAUGACAUUGCAAGUGAAGAAUUUUGGAUCGAAAUGUUCGUUGAGUGAAAAAUUUAUCAGUCAGGUGACCAAAAGCGGGCUAGUCGAAUCGGUACUUUCCUGGGCAAAGUUUAAAGCACAGAAUGAAUUGGCGAAAACCAGCGGUAAGAAACAAAGCAAAUUAAAAGGCAUCCCCAAGUUGGAAGACGCUAACGAGGCUGGAACCAAAAAUGCUCUAAAAUGUACGCUGAUCUUGACCGAAGGAGAUUCAGCUAAGACUACAGCUGUUUCUGGACUGAGUGUUAUCGGACGAGAUUAUUAUGGGGUUUUCCCACUGAGAGGUAAACUACUGAACGUGAGAGAAGCCACGCACAAACAGAUUCUAGAGAACGCAGAAAUCAAUAAUCUCAUAAAAAUCCUCGGACUACAGUACAAAAAGAAGUACAACUCCUCCGAGGAUAUGAAAACCUUACGGUACGGUAAAGUAAUGAUAAUGACCGAUCAGGAUCAAGAUGGCUCACAUAUCAAGGGUUUACUCAUAAAUUUCAUACAUCACAACUGGCCGGAGCUCCUAAAACAGGAUUUCUUGGAGGAAUUCAUCACUCCCAUUGUUAAGGCGAAGAAGAAAAAUGAACAAAUAUCAUUUUAUUCGCUUCCGGAAUUCGAGGAAUGGAAGGCGAAUACGGCCAAUCACCACACCUAUUCUAUUAAAUACUACAAAGGUUUGGGUACCUCCGAUUCAAAGGAGGCGAAAGAGUAUUUCAGCAACAUGACUCGCCACAGGAUCAGAUUCCGUUACCAAGGCCAGCAAGACGAUGACCAUAUCGUGCUGGCCUUCAGCAAAAAACACAUCGAACACCGUAAGGAAUGGCUCACAAAUUUCAUGGUGGAGAGCAGGAGGAGGAAAGAGAUCGGCUUGCCCGAAAAAUACCUGUACGGCAAAGACACUAAGUUCGUAUCGUACACAGAUUUCGUGAAUUUGGAAUUGGUACUUUUCUCGAACGGCGAUAAUGUCAGGUCCAUCCCCUCGCUGGUUGACGGACUGAAGCCUGGUCAGAGAAAGGUGCUGUUCACCUGCAUAAAAAGAAACGACAAACGUGAAAUUAAAGUGGCGCAACUGGCCGGCUCAGUCGCUGAGCACUCGGCCUACCAUCACGGCGAGACAUCCCUUUGUAUGACCAUCGUAAACUUAGCCCAGAACUACUUGGGCAGCAACAACAUCAACCUCCUGGAACCCAGGGGUCAGUUCGGCACGCGACUGGCCGGCGGCAAGGACUCGGCCAGCCCCAGGUACAUAUUCACCAAGAUGUCACCGUUGACCCGUAUGAUCUUCCAUCCCCACGACGAUCCCCUGCUCAAACACGAAUACGACGACAAUCAGAAAAUCGAACCCGUCUGGUAUAUACCCAUCAUACCGAUGAUUCUGGUCAACGGCGCCGAGGGCAUCGGUACCGGGUGGAUGACUAAAAUUCCCAACUACAAUCCCAGGGAGAUAGUGAGUAACAUCAGGAAGAUGUUGGACGGGGACGAUCCCGAGGAGCUGGUCCCUUGGUAUAAGAAUUUUAAGGGGACGGUCGAGUUCUGCGGCGACCAGAGGUACGUGAUAAGCGGAGAGAUUUCGAUAGUCGGGAAUGAAAAGGUGGAAAUAACGGAACUGCCUGUUGGAACGUGGACCCAAAAUUAUAAGGAGAACGUUUUGGAACCCAUGGUGCACGGCUCGGAAAAGGUCAAAGCAGUAUUAUCGGAUUAUAAAGAGUACAACACUGACACCACGAUCAAGUUCAUCAUCGCACUGCAAAACGGUCAGAUGGAAGUGAUGGAGAAGGAAGGCCUGCAUAAAGCUUUCAAACUGCAAACGAUCGUUAACACGAGUUCAAUGUGCGCCUUCGACGAGUUUGGUUGCCUCAGGAGAUUCGACUCGGUAAUGGUCAUCCUCCAAGAAUUCUACACUCUCCGCCUUAAGAUGUACCAAAAACGCAAGGAGUUCCUGGAGGGCAUGCUGGAAGCGGAGGCCGCCAUGCUCAGCAACAAAGCCAGGUUCAUAAUGGAGAAGUGUAGCGGCGAGUUGGUGGUGGAGAACAAGAAGAGGAAGACGAUAGUUGACGAGCUGCUCAAGCGAGGGUACGCCCCGGAUCCUGUCAAAGAGUGGAAACGGCGCAACAAGGAGGAUGAGGAGGAGGACGAGCCUGCCGAAGAGGAAGAAUCUCAAGAGGAAGAGGAGUCGUCUAAGAAGAAGAAGCCUGUCGAUUCGGAAAAAUUGUUCAAGAACCUGUCCGACGUCAAGAAGUUUGACUAUCUGCUGGGCAUGUCCAUGUGGAUGCUGACAGAGGAGAGGAAGAACGAGCUGUUGAAGCAGAAAGACAUAAAAUUGUCGGAAUUGGAGACCUUGAAGAAGAAAACGAAUGCGGAUCUAUGGCGGGAGGAUCUGGAUACGUUCAUGGAGGAGCUGGACAAAAUCGAAAAAAAGGAACGCGAGGACGAAGCCGUUUCUAUGAAGAAAGAGAAGAAACCAGUGUUUGGUAGGAAGAAGCUACACUUGGACGAGACUAUGCCCUCGCCUACCGCGCGUAGGAUAGAACCUACCAUCAGCGACGACAUAAAGAAGAAGAUCCAAAAUGCAGUCAAGUUCAAGGAGAAUAAAAUGAAGAAGGGACUGAAGAAGGAAAAUAUUGCCGAGGACGAAGACGACGAGUUUGACGAUAUGGUGAAGAGCAAGAAGACCCUGAAGGACAAACUGGGUACACCGGAGGAGAUCGCGAAGAAGGCUAGGAAGAAGAAAGGAGAUGCCGGCGAUGGCCUUAAACAAACCAAACUUAACUUCAACAAAGUUAACGGAUCCCCGAAGAAACGAGGACGGAAGAAGAAGGACUCCGACAGCGAAGAGGAGGUCAUGGUCUUGAGCGGUUCGGACGUGGAAUUCAGCAGCGUUCCCAGUCCCGUUGUCAAAGAGAGGACCAUGAACCGCCGAGCCGCCACCAAAGUGAUCAAGUACAGCCUCUCCGAUGACGACAGCGAUAAAUCCGUCGGCGAGCCGGAACUACACGACAAUGAUGCCAUCGCGGACAAUUCCAAGACGGAGAUCCUUUCGAGUUCCGACGAGGAGGAGAAACCUCCAACGAGGCACGAGACAUCGGAAGACAUGUUCGACAGUUUAAUAGGGAAGAAGAAGGAAGAGCCGGCGCCCCCCGUAAAUAAACGGAAAAAAAUCGACGAGAGUCAGUCGGAUUCGGAGGAUGAUAUGUUUUCGAGUAAAAAGAGCAAAUCUAAGUCGGCUUCUAGUGAUGAGGAAGCGUUCGUAAGUAAAAAGACCACCAAAUCUAAACCGAAAGCUAAGGAAGACAAACCGAAAAAGCCCAGACAGAAGAAGAAGAAGUCCAGCGAUGACGAGGACAUGCCCUCAAAGAAAACUAAAGCCAGAAGGAAGAAAAACGACUCUUCGGAUGAAGAUUUCAACUUUGAGUCUGAGAAAGACAAGAUGAAAAGUGAUAGCGACCAAGAAAUAAAAGCUCCUAGGUCCGGUAGAGGGGCCGCUAAAUCAAAGUACGUGUUUGAUGACUCCGAUGAAGACUCAUAUUGAGAAUAUCCCCUUAACAAAUGAUUUUUAUAUUUUAAGAAGUAUUUUUUUAUUUUAUCCAUAAUUUUUUGAUAUUUAUUCUUUCGCAAUUGCUGUUGUAACUUUCACAUAAUUCGUUUUUAAUAAAAAAAAGGAUUUGUUUAGUA